CGAACCCCCUUUCUCUCACAAGGAACUGAGCCACGGCCACCGUGAGGGGGUUCGACGUGCCCCCAACUGAAGCACGAGUACUAUUUCACCAUCCGACAUCGCUCCAGGACUCAUCGUUAGGUCUUGGCUUACAAUGGAGCUGAAAUAUAAGACGCGAGGGGUUCCACUACUCCACGUGACACACCAAACCUCUACCCUCGAAGCAAUUCUUAAAAUGAAAAUAAACUACCUCAUCCUUGGAGCCUUAUAGAAAGUAACUUCUGAUCGAUCGUUAUCAUUUCUUUAACAUCCAUGAAAUCAAUUAGGUUGCCGCAGUGCACACCGGAUAUAACACACGUCACUUCUGGAAACACCAAGACUGAAAGAGCGUGCUGGAGCCAUGGCGGACGCUCCAUCAACGCAGAAGGCUAUCGUCGCUAGCGAUUCCGCAGCCUUGACCCCUUGGUCGCGGCUUAAGAAAACGUUUGCGUACUUCGCUAUUUUUGUUCAAACAGAGCCAUCAAAACUUGACACCCUUCUCUUCGUUACUGGUAUAAUCAGCGCCAUUGCUUCUGGAAUUCCCUUUCCGCUACUAGGAAUCAUCUUUGGCCAGCUCCUCGAUGACUUCAACGCCGAGAGCUGCGCUGUCGAGGCGACAUCGGGCGCCGACUACCAAUCCGAUGUGAACUUUAAGGUUCUUUAUAUAAUCUACCUCGCCAUUGCCCAGUUCGGCUUCGUCUACAUCCACCUAGUAAGCUGGUCACUGGGAGGCGCCAGGCUGGCUCAGCGUCUGCGCGAGCAGUAUCUCCGAAGCUUGCUCCACAAGGAGCCGGCCUUCUUUGACGACCAUCCCGGCGGUGAAGUGUCUUCGAGACUCAACGGCGACAUCACCAUGAUCCGCAUGGGUACCUCAGAGAAGGUCGGGAUCUACCUCUCGAGCAUAUCUUUCUUCGUCACCGCGUAUAUCAUCGCCUUCAUCAAGAUUCCAAAGCUCGCCGGGAUCUUGGUUUCUUUGGUGCCGGCCUACUUUUCCAUGUCGCUUGUAGGCGGGUAUUUCAUCAAGAAGUACUCUUCUCAGGUAUCAGACCACUUUUCAGCAGCUUCGUCCGUAGCCUCUGAGGCUUUGUCCAAUGUUGCUGUUGUGCACGCAUUCAAUGCAAAUGAGAAGCUCGAAACAAACUUCUCAUCGCACAUGCGCAUAGCCAGGAAGGAUGGUCUUAACAAGGCCCUCGUCAGCGGCAUCCAGGCCGGCUUGAUCUUCUUUAUCGCCUAUGCCGCAGAUGCGUUGGCUUUCUGGCAAGGUAGCCACAUGAUUGCGGAUUCGGUGGCAAGUAAUGGCACAGGAUCGACGGUGGGAUCCGUUUUCACAGUUAUUUUUCUUCUGGUCAAUGCUACCCUUGUUCUCAGUCAGAUGACUCCGUAUCUAGCCAUCUUUGCAGCAGCUUCUGCAUCCUUCGCCAAACUCAAGAAAGAUAUGGACAGACCAUCAAGGAUUGAUGGAACCUCAAACACUGGCGUUCGACUGGCUCCCGUUACUGUGGGCCAGUUCAAGCUGGAGAACGUCACCUUCUCCUAUCCGUCCCGACCAGAGCAAAAUGUCCUCCAGAACGUAUCCUUGGAACUUCCAGCUGGCAAAAAGACGGCCCUGGUUGGCUUCUCUGGUAGCGGAAAGUCCACUGUAACCAGUUUGUUGCUCCGAUUGUACGACCCAACAGAGGGUACGGUCCUCUUAGACGGCCACGACCUCCGCGAGCUGAAUGUGCGUCAGGUUCGAAGCUUGAUUGGCAUUGUCCAGCAGGAAUCGACAUUGCUCGAUCGAUCAAUUUUGGAGAAUAUCGCUCACGGCUUAGUCAACUCUGCGGUUCCCGGACAUGAACAUCUCCGCGAUACAUUGCUUGGGCCACAACUCCGCUCCCUAGCAGCCGCCAUCAGGGGGGGUCGUGACGCAACAGAGGCUGCUAUAGAGCAGGGCCCAAUAGUGGUAGAGAUUCUCGGCAUGGUUCAGCACGCAGCUGGGAUCGCAGAUGCCGAACGAUUCAUUAGCGAAAUGCCCGAGGGCCUGGGCACCAUCGUCGGGUCUGGUGGUACACGGCUUAGCGGAGGUCAAAGGCAGCGUAUUGCUAUCGCUAGGAGUAUGGUCAAAGAUCCCCAGAUCCUUAUUCUUGACGAAGCCACAGCUUCGCUUGAUUCGCAAAGCGAAAAGGAGAUUCUCAAGGCCCUCGAUCGUUGUUCCGAAGGCCGCACAGUCAUCUCAGUGGCUCAUCGCCUCUCCACAAUCCAAAAGGCAGACAAGAUUAUUGUCAUGAAGAAUGGCUGCAUCGUGGAGGUAGGCUCCCCCGCGGAACUAAUGAGCAAGCAAGGUUCAUACGCUAGCCUUGUCAACCUGCAAAACCUAGAUACUGAAUCCCCAGAGCAGCGGUCUAGUCAAGACGGGUCAAUAGGUGGUGCGACUGCCGUUGAAAAAGUGGACAAUGGCCUCGAGAGCACGGACAAAGAAGAUGUCUCUGUCGAUGUGACUAAGGCAAGUCUCGAAGUGAGAAAGCUUUCGAUGUCCGAUUCUGCCGUUGAAGAAGAUGAGCCACCGGUGAACCAAUCUCUCGGGUACCUGAUUAGCAAUAUGUCGCGCUAUAUACGCCCCAACGCUCUGAUCGCAGUUGUUGCUCUUGCAGCGGCCAGCAUUGUAGGCGGAGCUUACUUGGCCGAUGCUGUUAUCUUUGGCCACACCGUCAGUGGGUUAAGUCCAUGUGGUACCCCCGAUCACAUUCGAUCCAGUGGUCGCCUCUACGGACUCUUGUUCUUCGUGUUGGCUAUCAUUGAGUUCUUCGCCAACGUUAUAAGCUGGGUCGGCUUUGGCCGGGUCUCUGAAGAUGCCAUCUACGCCAUCCGCACGUCCGUGUUCCGCGCGCUCUUCGAGCAGGAUGUGCAGUGGCAUCAGUCUGCGGGUCGUACGCCGUCCAGUCUGCUCGCACUCAUCACCAACGACGGGAACCAGAUUGCCGGCCUUAGUGGGUCCAUCAUCGGCACUGUCUUGUCUAUAUGCAUUAAUCUAGUCGCAGCUGUCAUCAUGACGCUGAUAAUAGCCUGGCGGAUUUCUCUAGUAUGUCUCGCCAUUGUGCCGAUUCUCCUAGGGGUUGGGCUUGCACAGCUACGCGCUCUGGCCCGAUUCACAGAAAAACAUGAGAAGGCCUUCAAUGAGUCUGUCGGAAUCAGCGUCGAAGCCGUCAACUCCAUCAAAACGGUUGCCGCCCUAGCCCUUGAACAUGAGAUUCUAGAUGUCUAUCGCAGUACUCUGGACGGGCCGCGAAAGGAGGUAACCGCCGUCAGCUUAUAUACCAGUCUCUGGCUCGCUCUACAGUACUUAGUCGGCAACCUAGCAUUUGCGCUAGGAUUCUGGUGGGGAUCGAAGCAAGUCUUCAGUGGCAGGUACAGCCAGACGGAGUUCAUUAUGGUCGUAUUCUCUCUACUAGUAAGCGCGCAGCUUUGGAGCCAGAUGUUUGCGCUUGCUCCCGAGAUUUCCAACGCUCGCGGCGCCGUUGCGCGAGUCGUCAACGUGAUCGAAAUGGGAUCCUCAGGCUCUGAUGCCCAAGGGUGGCCGGGCGACAAGAAACAAGACGUCGAAGCUAUUGCAGAAACAAAGGCGGCAUUGCCGCAUAGAGAAGGUGGCACGGAGGUUAAGUUACAAAACGUCCAUUUCGCCUACCCGGGUCGUCAGUCCGCCCCAGCUCUUUGCGGACUGAGCCUGCACAUUCAGCCUGGCCAGUUCGCUGGGCUCGUGGGACCGUCUGGUGCGGGGAAAUCUACGAUCACAUCGCUCGUGGAGCGCAUGUAUAUCCCCAGCCAUGGUGAGAUCUUCAUUGAUGGAGUGGACAUCACCAAACAAAAAGGGAUAUCCUUCCGGGACGACAUAUCCCUAGUGCCGCAAGAUGGCGUGCUCUUCGACGGCUCAAUACGUUUCAACCUCUCAUUAGGUGCACGUCCUGGAUCCUCGGUCUCGGACGAGGACAUGAUCGAAGCAUGCAAGCUAGCCAGCAUCCAUGACACGAUUGACAAGCUGCCGCAGGGCUAUGAUACAUUAUGCGGCGCCAAUGGGAGCCAGCUCUCGACCGGACAGAAGCAUCGCCUGGCAAUCGCCCGUGCACUCGUUCGCAAGCCCAGGCUACUGAUCCUCGACGAGCCGACCAGCGCGCUGGACGCCGAGACCGAGAAGGUCUUACAGGAGAACUUGAGAAUCGCGACACAAGGCAUUACUGUUAUUGUCAUAGCACAUCGCCUGAAUACCAUUCGUCACGCCGACGCCAUUUUCUUGAUCGAGGCUGGACAGUGUGCUGACGCGGGCACGCACAAUGAGCUCUUUAAUAGGUCUGAGACGUAUCGUGCAAACGUCCUUAAUCAAAUGAUUGCUAGUUAGAUGGAUUGGGAUAAAAAUGUACAAGUAAUCUCGGACUAUCGUUGGAAUAUCAUAUAGAUACUAGUUUAGAUUUCAAUGAUUUUACUACUUCCAAA